AUGACUGAUUCCUCCUUAUCUGACUCCACCAAGUCCUUCUUCCACCCAGCUUUGGCUAUCUCCAACAUCAAAAAUCACAUCUCCAUUACUCUUGAGAUGGAAAACGUCCAAUAUGGGACAUGGGCGGAACUCUUCAAAAUCCACGCCAAAUCCCACAGAGUCCUCCACCAUAUCAUUCCACCGGAGUCUGGGAAAGAAAAGGUGCCCAAAACCGAUGCUGAAAAAGAGUUAUGGUCGACUCUUGAUGCCACGGUUCUUCAAUGGAUUUAUGCUACCAUCUCUACUGACCUAUGGCAUACUAUCCUUGAACCUGACUCCACUGCCAUGGAAGCUUGGAAUAGGCUGCGUAACAUAUUCCAAGACAACAAAAAUUCUCGAGCCGUCACUCUUGAGCAUGAAUUUUCUCACACUAAUAUGGAGGACUUCCCUAAUGCUUCCGCGUAUCGUCAACGACUCAAGAUUCUAUCCGAUUAA